GACAGCCAAGUUUAUUAUAAACACGCCACUAGCUGCCCAGGCAGAGCAGUGCGCUGUCAAACACAACUCGGGAUAGGGGAGAAGAGCCAGGGACAGGCAGACGUGGACACAGAAACGACGGGACUGCGGGGAGCUUAAAAGCGCACUGUCAGGACUCUGAAUACUAACGAACACAGUGAACUGCCAACUGGACAAUACAGAAGACAAGAGCGCAGUUUUGGACAGUGAAAAGGAGCCGGCAUCAUUUUAUGCCCUGGUUUCUGUUCAUCCGCUUCGGCUGAAGACUUUUCGCCGGCUACCAAGCUAUCGCUGUAGAGCUCGUCUUACUGCUUCUCCAUGUACAAAAUGGAUUAUUCUUACCUAAACACCUACGAUUCCUGCAUGGCUGCGAUGGAAGCAUCGGCCUAUGCGGACUUCAACUCGUGCAGUCAAGCCAACACCUUCCAGUACAACCCUAUCCGGACCAGUUUUGGCGCUAACCCUAGCUGCCCUCCACUAAACACUGCCAGCUGCACGUUAGGUGCACUGCGGGAUCACCAACCCGGUCCCUACUCUACAGUGCCCUACAAGUUCUUUUCGGACCCCUCCGGGCUGAACGAAAAGCGCAAACAGAGGCGCAUCAGGACGACGUUUACGAGCUCACAGCUGAAGGAGCUGGAAAGGGUGUUCGCCGAGACACAUUACCCCGACAUCUACACGAGAGAGGAGCUGGCGCUCAAGAUAGACCUGACUGAAGCCAGAGUGCAGGUUUGGUUCCAGAACAGACGCGCAAAGUUCCGCAAGCAGGAGCGGGCAGCCAACUCCAAAGGGGGCAACGGAGGCGGCGGGGGCACCGGUACCGCGGCCGCCAAGAAGGGCGAGACUAGGGCUUCCUCCGAAGACGACGAGUCCAAGGAGUCCACGUGCAGCCCGACGCCUGACAGCACGGCCUCCCUCCCUAGCACGGGAAACAUGGGCAGCCCGGGCAGCAGCCUCAGCCCCAGCCCCGUCUCCGCAGCGGGGGCCGGCUUCGUCAACACCACCUCCGCCUCUGUGCACCAGGGGAUCAAGACCCCCGGCUGGCCAAGCGUCGGCUCUGGGGGCACCGGGGGCACCCCCAGCGGGCCACAGGGCCCUGACCUGCUGAAAGCCUGGCAGCCCGCGGACAGUAUGGCGGGACCCUUCGCCGGGGUCCUGUCCACUUUCCAUCGGAAGCCCAACGCCCUUAAGACGAACCUCUUCUAGAACCGCCUUUCCGAGCUGGACUCCUAUUAUUUAUUAACCCGAACUCUAACGUGAUUUAGGCGUCGGAUCGCGCAGGCCUGUGUAUGUGUCUUAGGGGUUUGUAAUAGAGAUGUCCCCACACCUGCACUCUCAUUGUGUCAUUUCACCAGAACGUCGCCCGAGAGACCGCGGGAACAGCUUAGACCUUCUCUUAUAUUUUACAGUAUGAUAAAUUAAUAAAUUAAUUCGCAAACCCGCGACAGAAAGUUCUGCACUUACAGAGACUCUCGGAGGUCUGAUUUCGUUAAUUAAAAUAGGAAAUAAAGCAGAGAGAGAGAAAGGUAAUAUACAACCCAAGCACAAUCUCCCUCUACUACAAAUCCAUCCGCCAAGCCGUUUUAGACUAACAUGAAACAAAAUAUCAAACUGUUAACCCCUUUAAUUAAAAAACAAGGCGUCUACCUACAGCUGAGGCUGCCGGCUGGGAAACACCGUCAACAUCUGCACUUUGCCGCCUCGCCACGCCGUUGUCUUCCGGAACUUAUGUGGAAACGGUGUCCCUUCUUCUCAUGAAUAAAGUGAUCUGUGCUUCGCAUUGACGGGGGUCCAAAACGUGCGAUUGUUUAAAGCAAUAAUCACAGAGAAAAGUGUACUCGCAGUUCUAGGCGGAUACUACCGGGGAUUCACUUUGCCACGGGAUGCACGUGACGGCAGGCUCGUUAAAGCGCCGGACUUUCCCGCCUUUUCGUGCGACUCACAGCGCAACUCCGUUUACUUAAGGUUCAUUAAAGCAAGUCAAAUAAAAUACAACUAAUGAGUUCAUCUUCUGUUUGACCGGACACAAAAUUAAUAUACUAUACAUAACUUAUUGAAAAAAGCAAAUACACUGUAACGGUCAGUAGCGGUCAUGGGUGUUUUUAAGAUAAUUAUACAACAUUGUAAAAUGAAAAUAAUUUGUACAUAUAAUAAAUAUUCGAUAAUGAGGUCUUUUGCGGUAACGACGCCGCUUGUGUGAAUAGCAUGCAUUUGGCACUCAUUCUGCAAGAGAUCGUUUCCUUCUGUUUCUCCCUAUUCAUAUUCUGCCGCCAUACACCGUCCCCAAACAUCCACCACAUUUACGGUAACAUUAUAUGCAAUGCUGCAAAAGGUAUUUCCUUUUGUCAGCGCUGACUUUUAAUUCAUUAACGCAUAUUACAAAUAGAAUAAUUCGAAACCUCCCCAAAGCACCGCGACAGUUCAUUUUUAUGAAACAUAAAACAAUUCGGUGAAUUUUUAGAAAAUACGGGUUCGGGAGUGCGUGGCAGUGACGCAGACGCCACACUUCAGUGAAAAGCGGCCGGCGCUGUUGUAAGACAGCGUAAAGCGUGAAACCAUCACAUCUGCUGCGUCACAUUUCAAUUUCAAUAAGCUGGAAUGAUUUGAAUACGAGGUUUUUCAGUCUUAAGUUUAGUGACAAAGAUGGGAGUGUGAGAAAGCAACGCGUAGGCCUAUGGGCCCAAUGUGCUUUUUGUCAAUACACAUUACAUCCAUAUAAACUGCCACGAGACAAAACGGUUUGUUAAAGCCUUGGUUAACUUGAGCCCCAUUGUAACAGUAAAACAGGUCUUAAUUACAAGUUUAUGCGGUUCUGUUUAGGGUUCGCAUUGGUUCAAGAUUUUUAGGCAAUUAUUCACCACAUUCAGCUUUCUGUAAAGCAUCUAAUGAUUUUAACACCUUUAAUAUUAUAUGAAAGUAUUCACAUGUUCCUCAUCACCAGAUUUAUAUUUCAUCCUCAAAUGUAUGUAUGAUAAAUGUUGCAUUAUAAAAUAUUAAAACAC